AAAGAGCGUACUCAUCAUGACGUCUAGGAUACCGACCUGGAUUGCAUUGCAGGGAAAAAACAAGGAUCGCAAUAGUGCAUCUACAAAGUUCAAAACAACUCACUCAUCGCAAACUAAUUGCAUUCAAAAUCCUCAAACUCAUACUAAUUGUAGAAAAAGUGAGACGGUAGCUGCGGCCUUGCUCCCAAGUUCGCAAAAGUUGGACACUUCUCACAAACCGGUGCUCGAAACUGUUUUCUCAGUGAGUGAAGCAUUCGGAGAGGAUAAUGAAAACAGCUCAAAUUUGGAAAACGAAUUUUCUGCCUCUAAUAAGAAAACUAAUGAAGAAACGCAAACUAGUUUGCCGCCUGAUCUGAAACACGCCAAAUUGGAAGAAACAAAUCAACUCGAAUAUUCGAAGACAUUACAAUCGCAGAUUGACUAUUUGAUCACCCUGACCAAGGAACUUCAAGUCGAAAAUGAUCACCUUCACUCGGUGCGUUGCGAUCAGCUGAUACCGUUUCUUGAUGCCUACGUGAGUUGUAUGUCCUUCAUGCAGGACAGCGUAACUCAACAGGAUUCCCGACGCCAUUGUAAAGAAGAAAUGCUUAGAAGUGUUCUAUCAACCAUCGGCCAUUUGGAAUUCAGGAAAGUUCAACAUGGAAAAUUGAUUCGAUCCCUGCAGCACCGGUACAGUCAAAUUCGCUAUGAAGUCGGACAAAUUCAACGGUGCAUUCGAAAGUAUCGCAAGCGUAAUGAAUUUCUGAGAAAUAAAUUGUAG